UAGCUGUUAAGUUGAGGGACCUCCGGUGACCUUAUUCCUAAAGUGGCGGCGUCAACGGCCCGGCCCAUUUACCGGCCACGGUCCUCGUCUGCAGGAAGGGGAGAAAAGGCCUCGCCGGCGGCGCGCCCCACGAGAACUCCGAUGAUUUGCGCCUCCCCCACCGGCGGCGGUGCGGUGAUGGAUCCUUCGCCGGAGUUCCGCGACUGGGCCAACCUGCCGGAGCUGCCGCUCUCGGAGGUGCUACGGGGCCUCCUCCCCUGCCUCCGCUCCGUCUACGCCUUCGCCGCCGCGUGCCAGCCCUGGCGCCGCCUGCUCCGGGACUCCGCCGCCGACCUCGUCCGCCCCCGCAUCCCGCCGCUCCUCCUCCUCUGCCCCACCUAUCGCGUCGUCCCUUUCUCCCAGCUCGUCGUCGCGGCGCUCCUCUCCUCCUACCCCGUCCCGGGCGACGCCACCCUCCUCUCCUCCUCCCGCGGCCACCUCGUCCUCCUCCGCCGCCGCGACCCCUUCCACGGCCUCCACCUCGUCGACGCGCUCACCGGCGCCACGCGCCACGCGCUGCCGCUCCCUUCCCCGCACUUCGCCUAUCACUACGCCGCCCUCGCGCCAUCCCGCCGCCUCCUCCUCUUCCAUUCCAAGCACGCCUUCUUCUCCCUCCCCGUGGGCGACGCGGGCCACAACCCUCGCCUCGAUUGGACCAAGCACAGCCUCCCCCGUGCCGCCUCCUUCGUUCGAUCCAUCCUCGAAUUCCGCGGGCGCGUCCUCGGCUUGACCGAUCGCGCGCAGCUGCUGGAGUUCCACCUCGAUGCCAACCCUCCGAACAAAUCCGCCCAAAUGUUGCACGCCGCCGGCCUCCCUGAGGUCAGCACGUUCGACCGGUGGCACUUCGGCCCGCAUCUGGUCGCCGCCGGUGAUCGAUUGCUCCUGGUGCUCUUCAUGAUGGGGCCGAAAUUGGGCCAUAUGUUUGAGACAUUGGUGAGUGUGAAGAAGGUUGGCGUCUAUGCACUUGACAUGGUGAAGAUGAGGUGGGAAGAGGUGGACAACAUUGGGGCUUACAGCUUGUUUGUGGACUGCGCCGGGAGGAGUACAGCUGCUUGUGUAGACGUGGAGAACUGUGGCGUGGAGGCGAACCGAAUUUACAUUGCUGCUCCUGGGUGCCGUGACUGGUAUGCAUGGCGGCCUGGGCGUGAGGUGCCUCUCGGUGGUCAAGGGCUUGGACCAUUGUCCAUUCAAGCAAUGAACCACUUGCCAUGGCCUUCACAGAUAUGGAUUUAUCCACGUCUUCUCUUUUGAUGAUGCAUGAUCCACACAAUAGAGUGAGAUUGGUUAGGCACUCAUUGGACUACCACUCAUAAAUUUUACUCCCAAUUCAUCUAUAAAUAUUCCGUCUGUAUUUUCUUCCCUUGUCGAUCAUAUGUUGUUGACUUAUGACCAGAAGCAAUAGCCAACAAGAGAGGCACUAAAGGAAGGACCUAUUUUUUAUAGUAGAAAGCAACCGUAUUUCUUUCUACAUUGAAAUAUA